AUGGCUAUCUUCAUGUACAAUACCACCUCCCCUGAACCUGUCAAUGAUUCUCUCUCAUCUCAGCUGCACACAGUGCAUCUUCUGAAAGCAUGCACUUCUGAUCCUCAGUCAGGUGAAGAGUCUCAGCACCUUCUUUCAAUGCUCAUACCUGUGCCCCUCUUCCCUGUGUCUGAUGAUCUCUCUAAGAAUGCA